CUUUGGCUUUAGGCUGUUGAAUGCUGCACUUCGGUCAGUUUCCGCAGUCAUGGCGGAGGGUCCUGUCGUUAUCCGGCGGGCGGACGUGCAGCGCCUCCUGCUGUACUCCGAGCUGAUCCCCGCUUUGGAAGAAGCUUUGGGGAAAUUCUCUAAACGGGACAGUGCGGCGGUGAUCCAGCCGGUGCGAACCACCGUCCCGCUGCAGAAACACCACGGGUUUUUUGGGGUGAUGCCUGCGUACAUGGAGCAGGACGGGAUUCUGUGCACCAAGAUGGUGGUGUGUUUCUACAAGAGGGAGCCCGGUUCCGACCUGCCGUCCACGCAGUCCACGGUGCUGCUGCUGGAUCCACAAGUCGGAGACGUCAAAGCUGUGAGUGCUGAACUACUUAAGUAAAGUUGGGAAGACAUUCCAAGACUCGAUUUUCCGGAAGGCAGUGGCUACGGGUACGGACCCGUAUCUACAGAGACCGUUGUAAAGAUAACGGAGGGUGUCUUACCGACCAAUCAGAAUGCGCAAAUAUGUCAGUACCCGUAUGCGGUUGAAGGUCCGCUUAGAACUUGAGG